CCUACAGGCUUUAGCAAAGCAUGACAGAUGGCCAUACAGCAGAUAUCAGAGGAAAGAGACCCAUCAUUUACAGCUAUGAUGGCAGAAGAUAUGAGAGAGAAGCAAAGAGAGACUAAGUGAGGGAGCUGCUAUUGUGAGAGCUCGUGCAGGUUUGCUGUGGCCUUGAGGGAUGAAGAGCACUGAGGAGGAAGCCAGCCUUUUUCCUGAACGCAGCAGCAGCUGAAAGCUCCACACCACAUCAGCCUCCAGCGGGAUUAGAAGCACUGCCAAGGUAACAGCCACUCAAGGGGAACAGCCUUUGGGUUCACUUCUCUCCUGGGGAGGAGUGUUUUGCUCUCUACACUUAUCCACUGACAGACAGCAAGCAGAGGAGUGCAUAUCAAGACCCACGAUGACAGAACCAACAUCUAAAAAGCAGGGAUUUAAAAAGUGUCGGAGUGCCACUUUCAGCAUUGAUGGCUUCAGCUUCACCAUAGGUAAGAGACUCUUUGUUAAAUUGUGCUAGGAUGUGUGUGUGUGUGUGUGUGUGUGUGUGUGUGUGUGAGUGUGUGUGUGUGUGGGUGGGUGGGUGCGUGCCCUUUAUAUAUUUGUGUGUGAGAGUCAGAGAUUGCUUGUGUCUGAGAACAGAUGGUUCUCUUUACUUAAGGUUUAUUGUGUUUGAAUUGUAGGUGCUCACUCUAGUUGGACAUUUUCUUCUAUUGGUGGCGCAUCUACUGUUUUUAUUCAAGAGGAUUCACCCCUGCUAAAGAGGGUUUUGUGUUCUGCAUGCACAUCUUAUGUUACAGUUUAGUCUUUGAAACAUGCUGCUGCGCCCAUUUCUUCUCUUCUGGUCUCAUUGUAUUUCACUGGUGAAGGAUGAAAAUCAUAUUUCACUCAACAUCAUGGUGCAUGAUGGCUAAAAAUCAGCAUUUGCUUCAAAAGUCAACCUCCUCCCCAUGAUCCCCAUUGUAGAAAUAGCUGAUCUCAGCACCAUUUAUCAAAUAUCAUUUUAUUUUAAAGUAAGGUGAAGUGCAUGAGUACUUUUGGGUGAGAAGCACGGUUUUUAAAAGCAAAAUGUGGACUCUUUGUUACCCAUCAACCCCAAAGUUUCAAGGUACAUGUCACUCUUCCUGUUUGGAGAUUUCUUACGGAUCUGACUUAUCCUGAAUAAUCUGUGUUAAAAAAUUAAAAAAGGCAAUAUGUCUGUAUAAGUUUACUCGAUUACACUCUCACCUGCGUCGCAGUAUGUUAGGUACAGCUGAGGAUGCAGUUUUUAAGAGCUCCUUUUGUGGUGGUUGCUGGUCACUUUUAGUAUUUGAAUCCUUGUCAAACUCUUGUCCAGACAAGGAACAUGAUGGCAAAGUAUGUCAGUCAGGCUGUCGGAGCCCAAAGAGUUCCUCUUUUAGUUUAUUCCCUGUAUAUAGUAUCUAACAAUCCAUCUGUAGUGCAAGCCAAAGUAACGUCUUAUCAUGGCAGUAUAUCUUCAGCUCAAAAGUGUGUCACAAAUAUGUUGUUUCAGUUUCACACGCCUCUGUUUGCUGGUGUCGGGUUAGUAAAAAAAUACAGGUGAUAGGUUUGGAUCAAUUCAAUGACACUGCGGUCAGAUCUGCUCAAAGGGCCUUGUCUGUGAGUAGGCGUCCUCGAUGUUACCUAACCACUCAUAAGCAGUGUUGUUGUCUGCACUUUAUCUCACACUCUGUUGACACUAGCAAAGAUAGAAAUACAAAAUACACAACACAAACCAUCUUUGUGUAUACAUUGGUGAUUAUUACUCCUGAGAAGUAUUUGUCAAAGCGCUGCAUACAGGGUGACGCCUUUGAUUGCUGCGUGGACCGCCUUUUUAUAUGCAUUGGAAUAAAUGCAAAAUACUUGAGGAAAAAGUUGCACGGUAACAAAAAGCAGAAAUGGUUUUUGUUUCUCUGAGACCAGUCCACCUGCCACCAUCCUCUAAAGCACACAGCUUCUCAAAGCAGCAUUAAACAGGUAGAUUAAUCCACUACAAUGACUGAAUCUGAGUCUACUUGAUGUUUAAAGUCGAAACUGUUUAUGUGAUUUGACGCUGAAUUGCUGAAAGCAGACAUUUCAAAUAUUUCCUUAUAAUCAUUGUUUUAUUUUGUGUUUUAAUGGUCCUGUAUUUAAUUCAACGUUAGACAUCCACUUUGGAUAACAGGGUUGUGAAUCAGGCUUGUGCUGGUAGAAAUAGAAGGCCAUGUACAUUUUUGGGUAUGUGUCUAAGUGUUUACUGACUGCUGUCUCUAUGGAAACCAGAAGAGAGGGAAAAUGACUAUGACAUCAUUUUGACUGGUGCAAAUGAGUGUGUGUGUGUGUGUGUGUAGGUGUGUAGGUGUGUGUGGUCAGUUGUCAGGGAGCGUAGCUUAGGGGGUCAUUAUCACUGAUGAGGUGGCCUCUGUCAUAUAGCAUAAUCUGCCUUUGGUUUAUCGUAUCCCUCUCUGUUUGAUUCCAGUUCUGCUCCCAUCCUGCAGUUCUUGCUCUCCUCUUUCUUUUCCUCCUCAACAAAUAUGCACACUUUUCUCACUCCCUCCUCUUAUUUUCUAUUAAAAGGUAAAACUUUUUCCUUUACAGUUGCCAAUGAGACCGGGGAAAGCAAGCGCCGUCCACUGGCCCGAUUUGCACGUGAGUUCACUGCAGUUCCUCCUUUUCACCGAGUCUGACUGCAGGAUUUCAUCACUUACUAUCAAAAGGUUUAAAACAGGGUUAGUCAUGAGUCUCAAAAAGUGAGGGGUGCUCAUAAAGCAAGCUGAUUUUUUUUCUGUCCUGCAGGCUCACGAUCCCAAAAUGCAUUAUGCACGGCUGUCACAGCCUGUGCUGGCAUCAAUGAGCACAAAGCAGUUCUAUUUGACCCUCGAAGCAAUGAGGAGAUCCUGGCUGAUGAACUGCCAGGACCAGAUGCACCUGAUGCCAUGGAGAAGACUGCUAUCAGGUCCCAGAUACACAUAAAGAUAAUACAUGUACCAAACACUGAUUGUACUAUGAUGCUCUAGUAAAUAAACCAGAUUUUGUUCAGUUUUAAAGGGAUAUUCCAGCGUAAAAUUAAAGUUAGGGUCAAACACAUCGUGACACCAAGUUAGACACCCCCUCGAGAGAUGGAUGUUGCCGACUGCUUGCUUCUCUAAUCAUACAAACUUUAGUAAUGACCAUAUGAUAGCGAUACACAGUGGUCUGAAGAGUCAUAAACAAACCUCAACCAAAACACCACUCUAUAGCCACAAAUAAUGCUCAGAACAGCACCUAACUUCAUCAACAGUACAUAUAGGGUCCUAGCCAUAGAACUAGCCACCAAACAUCUUUUUAACUUUGUCUAAUUUCUUUAGCAAAAAGACUAAACACAACUCACCUACUCUCUUCCAGCAGCCGCUUGUUUGUAGCAAGACCUCAGGCCAGUCCAUUACGGACUGCUGCGGAGUGACGCAGCUCAAGGAAGAACAUUUAUGAUCAUUUCUUUAUCAUUUCCAUGAAUUAAUAAUCAUCAUUUUAAUCAUUUUGCACUGCAGACGUGGUAGUUCUUCUGCCUUAGCGUCUCGGUCUGAUUGAAUUUCCAUGAAGAAAUGAUCAUAAAUGUUCUUCCUUGAGCUGCGUCACCCCGCUGUAGUCCGUAAUGGACUGGCCCAAGGUCUCGCUACAAACAAGUGGCUGCUGGAAGAGAGUAGGUGAGUUGUGUUUUGUCCCUCUGCUAAAGAAUAAGGCAAAGUUAAAAAGAUGUUUGGUGGCUAGUUCUAUGGCUAGGACCCUAUAUGUACUGUUGAUGAAGUUAGGUGCUGUUCUGAGCAUUAUUUGUGGCUAUAGAGUGGUGUUUUGGUUGAGCGCUUGGCUCUCUGUAUUGCUAUCUGCAUUCGUAACUUAAGUUGGUAUAACUAGAGAAGCAAGUGGUCGUCAACAUUCAUCUCAGAAGGGGGUGUCUAACUUUGUGUUACGGUGUGUUUGACCCUAAAUUAGUUUUACGCCUGAAUAUCCCUUUAUGUAAUUCAUUCUCAAUGGCUGAUUGGGACUUGAGGGGUACAGGCCUUUUUCAUGUUGUGUCUCAGCCAACCCAAAGGGCAUAACAAUGUGGUUGGGAUGCUGAGGUUGUGGUGGUUUUGUGUUGCAGGUUGCGUUGUCUUGUAAAGCAGCUGGAGAGGGGGGAAGCAUCUGUGGCGGACCUGAAGAAAAACCUUGAGUAUGCUGCCUCAGUUCUUGAAUCUCUGUAUGUUGAGGAAACAAGGUGAGAAUCUUUUAGUUAUCUUGCAGCCACCAGUAUGUGUGCAAAUGUGACAUACAUGAAAGUACAGCUCAAAAUUCAGUCUGCUUCAGUCGAGCUUCGAAGGGUAAUGUAUAUUCCAUAUGCCUUUCCCAACAGGCGACUAUUGGAUCCAGAGGAUGAGCUCGGUGACAUCCAGUCAGACUCCGUGCCAUCAGAGGUUCGUGACUGGCUGGCUUCUACUUUUACCCGGCAAAGAGGCCUAAUGCGCCGUAACGAAGACAAGCCACGCUUCCGCAGCAUUGUCCACGCAGUACAGGCUGGCAUCUUUGUGGAGAGGUUCACUUGUUUUAUUCAUUUCACUCUGGCCUGUGAGGUUGUUUUUUUUUAAACUGCAACCAGGAUGUAGCAUUAAAACUGACAUGGACAUUGUGUAUCUGUCUCAGGAUGUACAGAAGAACUUCAAACAUGGUCGGUCUUAAUUAUCCCCCAAAUGUCAUCGCUGUGCUGAAGGUGUGUUGGCAUCUUAUUUAGACAAAUGAGUGAAUUGGAAACCAAAAGUUCAUCAUUUGCUCACUCGAGUUUGUAUUCAUCUGUUGCAGAAUGUGGACACAUGGUCAUUUGAUGUGUUUGCGCUGAAUGAGGCCAGUGGAGACCACGCUCUGAAAUUUGUCUUGUAUGAGCUGCUCACGAGAUAUGACUUGAUCAAUCGUUUCAAGGUAUGUUCAAAGAAAACCCCACCAGAUUGAAGUCAAUAAAAUAUAAUGGAGCUCUGCUGUUUAACCCAAAACAGUCUUGCAAUAAUAAGAUGACCUCUGUUCUCCAGGUCCCGCUCUCUGCUCUCAUAUCCUUUGCCGACUCAUUGGAGGUUGGUUACAGCAAACACAAAAAUCCAUACCACAAUCUGGUCCAUGCCGCGGAUGUUACACAGACCAUCCAUUACCUGCUUCUUAAGACUGGCAUGGUGGUGAGUUUGGAGUUAUGUAGGGUACCCAACAAACCCCCAAUUGAAGUCCCAAAGUCUGGGGCAAAAAUAGAGGAGUCAAGGCAAGCUACAAAUACUCAUAUGUUUGUUUUCUCAUCUUUCUCUCUCUCUCUCUCUCUCUCUCUCUCUCUUUCUCUCACAGCACUGGCUUACUGAGCUCGAGAUCUUCGCGAUUAUUUUUGCAGCUGCCAUCCAUGACUAUGAACACACAGGGACCACAAAUAACUUUCACAUUCAGACCAGGUAAUUUAAGCCAGCAUUAUUUCUUCAGCUUAAAUCGCAGCAGUUUUUGAAGAAGAUUGGGGCACCACUAAAUUUGAUCCAAUGGUUUACAAAUUAAGGAUGCAUAUGAAAGAGCGGGUACUUUGAAAGGCUUGAAGGCUGUCAGUUAUGCACAACCUCUUGUAAGGAUUGUUUUAUAGAUCUUAUCCUGUCUGUGCUUUCUUGCUGUCAUUUAAGUUGGUGUAUUUUUUUCCUUUGCAUGCAUUUAAAAAAGCAUAAAGGACAAGCUGCAUGACCAAUGUAGCUAUGUGGGAUUUUCAGGUCAGACACGGCCAUGCUGUACAACGACCGAGCAGUUCUGGAAAACCACCAUGUCAGCAGUGCUUAUCGACUCCUACAAGAUGAUGAAGAAAUGAACAUCCUCUCUAAUCUCUCCAAAGAUGACUGGAGGUGAGAGCAGACGAUCUCCAGGUUUUCAUUUUGCCCAAAAGGAACAAUAACGACUUAAAGAAAAGAAGAUUUAAAGUAAAUAGAAAUCCAAACAUUGUGAUAGGUGAUAUCUACAUUUACAGAAGCACUCUAACAACUCAUUCAGCUUUGCACUGAAUAUGAUAUAAAGAUUAAAGCGAGCGUGAAUUGAAUUCAGAAUUCAGAAUUUUGUCUUCAAGUCUUAAACACACACAAAGAGGAUCCAGAAUCUACUCCACAGGGUGGCAGUCUUGCUCCGUGUGUCAAACUUACUGAAACUUAAACUUUUUUCAACUGAAUGAUCAGUUUCACGUUCAGACCACAUAAAGGAUUUCAUCAUAUGUUGAAAUAGGUGCAAAACUAAGAAUGCAUUCAUGAUCUCCUGAGAUACCAAGCAGUCCCUUGCAUAGAGAUAUUAAAGGUCAAAUGAAAGACAUCUCAGCACUACAGUGAUUUCUCUGACUCUGCUUUCUUUCAGGGAACUGCGGACUUUGGUUGUGGAGAUGGUCUUAGCGACUGAUAUGUCCUGCCACUUCCAGCAGAUCAAAGCCAUGAAAAGUUUCCUGCAGCAGCCUGAGGCGUAAGUACCCGAUUUCACUUCUGUGGCAAGUUCUGACGAUAUGAUGUUUGAUAAUUAUUGAUGCCUCCAACAGCAAACAGACCACCUGGAGAUGACUUUUUCUGUGAAGUUGUUGUCACCACUUCCACUGGUUCAGUGUUAAAGGAUUAGACUGAACACUGACUGGAAGGGCUUUUUCUCAGUUUCUAUAGGAAGUACAUCAAGAGGUUGUGACACUGACAGUGUACUGUUUGCAGGAUUGACAAACCAAAGGCUUUAUCUCUGCUGCUGCACACCGCUGACAUUAGCCAUCCUGCAAAACGCUGGUCGCUCCAUCACUCCUGGACCUCCUCCCUGCUGGAGGAGUUUUUCAGACAGGUAGUCACCAAAAUACUCCUCACUACUGUCUGCCAAAGCUGGUUUAAAACACGCAAACUGCUUCAAGAUGAGUUUACAGCCGUGCAUUGACAAUACUGCACAUACUGUAUCUGAUAAAUUAAUGAGCAUAAGUUGCGUGAUUUUAUUUAUCUAAAGUCCAAUUCUGUGUAUUUCUUCCAUUAAAUGACAUUUAUUUGGUUUAAAGCUUUAAUUGAUGAGGUUUUUGUAAACAUAGUGGGAUAAACCCAACCUGAAAAUAUCUUUUUAUGCUAAAUAUGUUUUCAGGGUGAUAAGGAGGCGGAGCUGGGUCUACCUUUUUCCCCUCUCUGUGACCGCAAAUCCACUAUGGUGGCCCAGUCUCAGAUUGGUAAGUAAAUCACAAAUAAUAGCCACAAAUAAUGUUCAGAACAGCACCUUACUUCAUCAACAGUACAUAUAGGGUCGGCAACAUUCAUCUCUCGAGGGGGGUGUCUAACUCGUAGUUGCAAAUGCUGAAUAAAUGUGGCUGUUAAAGUAUAAGGUGGCAUCAUUUUCCUCCAAGCCUUUGAUAGAGUUGACCUUAUAUAUCCUCAGUCUGAAUAUAUAAAGUAAAAUGUUGGUACUACUUUUAAACCAUCAGAGGUAAAUGUUGAUUUAUCAAGUGUUACUGUGUCCUGCAGGAUUCAUCGACUUCAUUGUGGAGCCAACGUUUACAGUCUUAACAGAAAUGAUCGAGAAGAUUGUGAAACCACUUAUUGAUGAGGCCGCUCGCUCCGGACUGGCUGGCAUUGGACGCUCCAGGUGACACACACAAGUCCUUUACCUUUGGACUUUUAUUUUUUUCUUAUUUCUUUUUUUACAGUCUUGACUUGAACUCUAUUGCCUCAGAAAUUACACUGUGUUUCUGUAUUUCUCAGUGAUAUCAGUGUGAACGGCAGUGAUGGGAAGAACUCCAGCGUGAAGAGCACAGCAGGCUCAGAGGGCUGCUGCUCUUUGGCCAGCAUGGACUUCAAGAGCUUCAAGAUGAUCUGGAACCAGGAGAUUAGUCACAACAGAGAGACGUGGAAGGCACAGGGGGCCAAAGGUAUUCUUGAUUCUCGAUAUUUUAGUAAGUACUCUCUAUGCUCUGUCCUGUUUUUACUUCUAUCAACGGAGUGUUUGUCUUUGGUAUGUGUGCUGCUGACAGACCUGGAGGAAAACACCAAGAAAGAAGGAGAUGAGAGUGGAAAAGAAGACAAUAAGACAGAAGCUGAGAAAGAGUCCGACAGCAAUGCUGAAGUUCAGGAUGAGACAAAAAGAGACAUGGACGGACAGGAGGAGACAGAGAAGGUCACGGAGAAAGAGGAGGACAAAGGAGGGAUGGUUUCAGGAGGGGCUGAGGGCUCGAUAAAGGGGUCAGAGCAAAAUAACACAACCGAGGAGAAUCCUGGAGACCAGACGGAGAAGAAGCAGCAGCAGCAGAGUGGUACGUUACCCAACAUCCAUUUCAGUAUUGUCCAUUAAUUUGACAACACUUGUGCGGUCGCAGUUUUAACACUAACCCAGAUUUGAAUGUCUUUUAGACCCCCAGCCUGACUGCCCUCUGGUCCACUACUGCAAGAGACCCAGUUACUGUGCGAGCUCCUAUCGGCUGGUCAGGUCCAAGGUGACUGAAAUGCAGCCCAUCGAUGCGAGGGGAAAAGCCAGAAGACUGCAGCGCAUCUCCCUCCGGCGACGAAAGUGACCUUGUGGUGUAGAGUGUUAUCAUGAUAGUCAGACUUCUCUCUCUAAAGUAUUGCUGCAAACACAAACCUUGUAUUCCAGCUUCACUUUCAUUUACAUCCUGUUAUCGUCACCUUUACCACCCUUUAUAAUGUCAGUGCAGCUUUACAUUAACACUACAAACAGUUACAAUUGGUCAAACAGCUCUUUUAUUUAUCUUCUUAAACCUUGAUGAACAUGUUUUCUGUAAUAUAGAGUUUUCUGUAAUACAGGAUUGAGUGUUUUUCUUGCUUUGAAUGUGAUGGAUGCAUCGAUUUCUGUUUUUUUUUCUGGUUUUAGGAAACUCCUUUGCUUUACUGUCUUUUCAUUUCUCCAAGUUCUCCCCUGUCCAACUGGAAAUAUUUAUUUUUUACGUUUUGAUUGAUCGCCGUCAUUGUGUAUUUUAGAGGCUGGCAAGUCUACAGCAACUCAAAAAUACCUGGUAACGUCCCACUGAGCAUUUUUUGGUCUAAAAGAGGUCUAAUAGACGUCUAAAUGUAGCCUAGAUGACUGGUCUAAAAUCAGACUACCAAAGGUCUAAAAAUGAACGUUUUUAGAUGUCUAAAUUUAGACCGAGUCUAAAUCUGGGCUAUAUCUAUACUACACUGUAUUAUCGCUCAAUGGCUAUCAUAAUUACUUUGGUUAAGUACUUUGAGAUCGGUUAUGCAACUCACAAUUGCUUUUUGAAAUAACUAUUUAUUGAAUAAUGGGUUAAAGUGUAACGUCUAGAUUCCGUCUAAAAAUAGAUCGUUGAAAUUAGGUUAAAAAAAAACUAGACGUCUAAUAGUCGUCUGUUGCUCAGUUGGAUAUUACCUUCAGGUUGUUAUCUGUUUCUGCUUAUAUGUAAAAAUUGGUACAAAAAGCUGGAUGAUAAAAAAGGCAGAAGUAUUUAUAUAUAUGCUGGAAUAUUUCCCUGAGACCUAUGCCUUAAGCAGUAAAAACAAUCCCAGUAAUACACUGAAGAGGUAUUCAGGUAUACUGUUGUGUACCAAGAGUAGUUUUUUUUAUUUUUAUUUACUGUCUGUAGAGUUGUACUAUAAUUCAGUUAUCAAAGAGGACAUGCUGUUAAGAUCAAAACUUAUGAACUUCAGGAACUGAAUUCAGCUUUUAUGCACUUAAUCAUGUUGAACAAGUCUCUUAUGAACACGUAUUUCCCCUUCUUGUACGUGGACUCCUACUGACUCCUGCCGGUUUCUUUUUUUUUUUUAACCGAAUAAAAUGCAACUACUUAAAAAUACCAGCAGAGGUCCUCCUAAAAGCCUUAAACCUCAAAUCACUUAAAACACUUUGUAGACGCUCAUUUUUUAUAACCAGUUUUUAUCUUUGUCGAAGACUGUUGAAUACGGUGUAAAUCAAGGAGAAGGGACCUUUUCUCUGUGUUAAAUUAAAUGAUGCCCUGUUAUUAAACUUGUUAAAUUAAUUUGUGCUGAAUUAAAUUGAAUUGAGACACAAAA